GACCGCGCGAGAGCGAGGCAGCUGGUAGAGUUCUCGCAGCGAGUGUUUCCGCUCACCUAAAAAUAAGGAGCUGCCGAGCGGAGGAGGAGAAGGAACAACGGAACAAUACGGAACUAGACGACAAAAAACAUUAAAUAUAUUUUUUUAAUACAGUUUUGCCACCUUCUGGUUUUGGGCGUGUCCAUUUUCACAGCCGUUAAUGCGUCGAUUGUGAAGCAGUGAGAGGACGGCUCGCCGCAGUUAACCUUUACGUUGGUUAAGCCGUAGAGGACUCUCGCUGGUUGCCGGAGGGGAAAAGAUGUGCAAUGGAAUGGUAGCGCUUCAGACGAGAGCCCCGUCCUCCUCCUCCUCCUCUUCCUCAACCUCCUCCUCCCAGGCCCACAGGCUGGCUGCCUCCGCGCUACUCCUCCUCUUCGCCCUGCUCCCCAAUGGUCACGCAUCAGGCUGUGCGCGGCCCCCUGGCGUCCAGCACGGAGACUUGCUGAACCAGACCGAGGCUAACCGCGGCUCCUUUCCCCCGGGCACCCUGCUGACUUAUGGCUGCGAGUCGGGCUACACCGCAGAUGGAACCACCACCAUCAUUUGUACCAGCUCCGGGGCCUGGUCCCAUCAACCUCCGCGCUGUGUCAGGAUCAGCGUGUGUUCCCCCCCCACUGAGCCGGAGAACGGCGGCUACCGCUGCCACCCGUCUCCCUGCCACAGCCUCACCCAGAAGACCGUCAUCGAGUACUUCUGCGACGAGGGCUACGCUCUGAAGGGAGACUACAAGUUCCUCACCUGCCAGAAUGGCGAGUGGGACGGCCCCAUGCAGAUCAGCUGCCGGCUCACACAAGACAAGGAGCCGAGCUCUCAGCUGGGUAUACCCGCUCUGUCCAUCGUGGCGUCCACAGCCAGUUCUGUGGCCCUCAUCCUGCUGUUGGUGGUGCUGUUUGUUCUUGUGCAGCCAAAGCUCAAGUCAUUCCAUCACAACAGGAGGGAGCAGGGAGUCUCGGGCCAGUCCAGCUCCAUCAUGGUGGAGGGCGUCCAGGUGGCGCUGCCCUCUUACGAAGAAGCCGUUUACGGAAGCGGCGGACCCGGUGGCGAUUCGGGUCCUCCUCCUUCUCCGCCUCCUCCUCCGGCUCCCCCGGAGACCCGAGUCCCGAUCGUGCUCUCCGAGGGUCUCCCUCAGGGCGCCGCGGGGGGCCAAGGCGCCAGCAGAGCCCGCCCCAGCAGAGACUUAGACUUCUGUCUCCCAUCCACGUCCUCCUCGACGUCCUUCUCCUCCCGCCGUCAUGCAGAGACGGCGCUGGUUCAUCAGGCCCCCUGUUCUUCCUCCUCCUCGUCAUCGUCGUGGGCUCGAGAGCACCCCGGGGGUGCUUGCGCAGGCCCCCUCCCUCUCCGUAGAGACUCCGGGAGCAGCGACCAGCACAGUCUGCUUUCAGUCACCUCUGCAGAUGAGUUUUCUGAUGAUAUUCCCCUGCUGAAGGAAGCAUGAAGCCUCCCAGCCUGCAAUCGCCAUCCAACGGCUCAUUUUCUCCCAUCUCCCAAACGCUGACCAGGACUGACUGAUGGCUGUCCACAAUCUGAUGCCCCCACCCUUACAUCCACCCUUACAUCCACCAUUCACCCUCAGCCGCGCCAGCAGAGAAAAGACUUGAACUACUCCCUUCAUUACCCAUGCAACCUCUCCUGCCAUUACUGCCCGCGCGGAGCAAAGCCAACAACGCUGCGCAAAGGAUCAAAAGGCGGCAACAAUCUGGACAACCCCAAGUGGUGCCAGCUCAACAUAAACCCUGCAGAUCCGAUGUAUGUGUGAAACGUGCAUAGCGAGUCACAGAUGUGUAACUUUAGGCUACGUCGGCGGGGGCUACCGUGGCCUCCUCCCAGGUGCAGGUCUCUAGGAAAACAUUGCUCUCGGGGAGGCGUCCGUCCGUCGGAGAAGGCCACAGCGGCCGAGACGGGUCGACCCUGUCCGGGCUUUCUGCGGAUAACAAAAGAAAAACGAAUAAUCAACAACUCGCUCCUGAUGCCGCGGCGCUCAGAAUCCUCCCCCCGCUGUACUUGAAAAAUUGUGAGUGACGGCUGGGUGUUUUGUGAAUGCUGCAUGUUGUUUUUGUUUUUUUUGUUAUUGCUGCCACAGCACGGUGGCACUCUAAACGAAGCAUGAAGCCUCCUCUGCACCCCCCCCCCCCUCUCUCUGUUCUCUCUGCGUUUCCAUCUCCGGCUUUCCAAGUAUCAGGGCGUCGGCGUCCCGCAUUUGAAUCUGUGGGAUUGAGAAGCACUUGGCGGGAGCUAAAAGCAGGGUACAGCAAUUUACCAAGUACCUUAUCACAACUGUGAAGACCCCCCCCCCCCCUCGCCCCCCACUCCACUCCGUUCUGUUGCCGGCUGUCUGGAAGGAGCUCCUUCUGCUGCAUGAGUGGGGUUGACUGGUGCUUUGGUUCCUGGGCCGUGCUGUGCAUCUUACUUGAACCGGGAGGAGGAGACGUCGUUUCACAUCGGGUCUGAAAGCCGAGGAGAUGCUUGUCUUUCAGUGUGCCGAGUGGGCUUAACUCUAGGGUUGUGCGUGUCUAGUGUUCUUGCCUGUAUUUAUUGGUGUGUUGCUCAGUUUGCUUUGAGUUGCUGAUUGUGUGUGUGUGUGUGUGUGUGUGCGUGUGUGUGUGUGUGCAUCAUUGUGCUUUAGCCAGGCAGGAGAGGAUAUGUCCUCAUGGUAGGCCUCAAUAGAGCCGUUUCCUGAUUUUUGCCUCUCUUCAGACCAGAGACUGGCUUCGCAGUGUUCCCUGUCUUUCACCAAAGCAAAAUGUCCCCCCCAGCAUUGAUCAGCGUCACUUCAGGCACCAACUCGUCUACACAAUGUGUGUAUUAUUCAUCUGCUCCCAAGCUAGAAUAUUAGUCAUUUUCUGCCGAAUGGCUGGAAAACGCAAGUCCCUUUAGAGGACGCGCCUCCCGUCCACCUCCCCACUGAACAGAAGACUCCACACUUUAGUGCGUUAUGGACCCAACUGCAACUGGUUGCAGUGAAAGACUGAAGUGUGGUUUCAUAGCGCCGCAGUCCCCCCCCCACCCGCCACGUACACUCGCUCACCCUCCUUACGCCGAGUGCAAAAUAUAUGAGAGAAUCAUGACAUGUUGUCUGAAAUCAUCCUCCGUUUUUCAUCUCCAGUUGAAAAGCUUUGGUAGUUGAGCUGGUAACCCUGGAAACAGCAUGGCUCCAAAGUAUCCUGUAUCCAAGAACUUCAGAAAAAGAAAAAAAACAACCCUGAACAUUGUUUAAUUUUUAUUCUGAUUUAGUUUGGCAUUUGUGGCUGUCUGUCAUUGUCAACGGCUCCAUUAUUAAUGCAAACAGAAUGUUGCCUUAGAGUUGUACUUUUUUUUGUUUGUAUAAACUUAAGCCUCCUUGUUGGUUGCUUUACAAUAUUGCAACAGAUUCCGUUUUCCCAAUGGCCUUACUCUGUUCUUUUCUAUUCUAUGCAUAAAACUGUCUUUGUGUAUUUAUCAGUUUACUUUAGUUGUGGACACGACUAAAAGAAUGUCCAUUCUUCUCUGUCCUCCCUUAGCUUUUACAGCUACUGUGAUGAUGAUGGUGAUGAUGAUGAACCUAUAAGCACCUAUAUUUCAAUUUUCUGUUGCUACUACUUUGCUUCAAGGCAUCACAAUAUUAUGGGAUUGAAAAAAAACUAACUUUGCAUUCAGAAGCACUGUUGUACGGUGUUGCGUCCCUGAAGAUUAUAAGUAAAAAAAGUACACAUCUUGAUUCUUAGUUUCAAAUGCUUUCAGCUUUGAUUUUUUUUCUCUCUGUACAUGGCAGUGGGUGUGAAGAUAGUAAUUUAAUAUUUGUAUAAAGUUUAAUUUAAUUUUACAGUGUGUGUGUGUGUGUACAUAACUUUCUAAUUAAAGCUUUCUUUUGAAUGUGGAA